AUGGCUGAAACAACUGAAAUUUCUAACUUGCAUAAAUCCUGCACCAAAAUCCACAUUUUCUCUGCCUGUUCCCUGGCCCCUAUUUUAACUCUCAAUGAUUGAUUAGCACUCCCCGAUAAACUGAGUCCAUUAAGUUUUGCAGACUCAUCAGUUGUUAACUAUGCUCACAUUCUUUUUCACUUUUACUGUGUUGUAAAUCUACUUAAUCACAACAGAAGCAAGGAAUUGUGUAAAAUACUUUUUACACUACUGCUCAACAUCUGCUAAUAACUAGAUUUUCCUUUCUGAAGUACAGGUCACACACCCAAAUUUUAUUACAUAAAAAAAUACCCAGUCACAGACAUCUCACAGUUGCUUGCGUCUGAUUAAAACCACUUUACUUACUGAGUGCACCACUGACGAUGUCUGGAGAUACAGGCAGCGUUACACAGGCCCAGGUAGGGUCAUUUGCACUAAGUGCUACCCACAUCGCAGCCAUCAGCAGAUGUGGAUCAAUGCUUGGUUUUACAGUUUUGCAUCACUGAAAUUAUGGGGCUCAUAAACAGAGACCUUACUGUCAAUCACAGACCAUUAGUAAAGAAAUUCCUUCACCAACAACUUCCUUGAAUCACUGGCACCACCCUCAAACACACAUGUAAGUACACACCUGCUUCGCUUCACAGCAGAUAAUUGGAGCUUUGAAAUAAUCUGAAACGAACCUGGAAAUGGGACUGGGAUGGAUGCUUUUGCAAAUGAAGAGCACUUUGGAUUAUCUUGGAGGAGUUUUGAAUUUCUAACUUGUUGUUAUUUUACUGAGGUGCGCAUGUCAAACCUGUCAGACUUGGACAGUAUGAUGUUCUGCGGCUAUGCAUUAUAUUUUUUCUUGGCUGGUCAGUGGUUUAAAUAAGCUUAUAACAGCUGAUGCUGGUAUGAUGCCUCUGAUGAAAUGAAGGAUGUUGAUGAAUGAAGGAGUUGAUGGGUAGUAGGUGAGUUUUUUGAGCAAAAGCUGGUCCGUCAGAUUUGUCGAAAAAAGAGAAGAAAUUUAGAGUUUUUACAUUUACAUUUUUUAUUCAGGCAACGUUUUUAGAGCUGAUAUCUAUUUAAUAAUGGGUUUGGAGGGAAUGGAAAUAAUUGCCAUUGCUGUUGUUGUUGGACUUUUUAUUGUUGUUCUCAAACAGUUUGGGAUUUGGGAGCCUUUGUCACUGGAAGACACCAAUGAUGGUGACCUCGAGCUCUCUACGUUGCGGCACCAGCCCGAAGGCCUGGACCAGCUCCAAGCCCAGACCCAGUUCACCAGGAAGGAGCUCCAGUCGCUUUACAGAGGCUUCAAAAAUGAAUGCCCCAGUGGGUUAGUAGAUGAAGAAACAUUCAAAACUAUCUACUCUCAAUUCUUCCCUCAAGGAGAUGCAACCACAUAUGCUCAUUUUUUGUUUAAUGCAUUCGACACGGACAGAAAUGGUUCCAUCCGAUUUGAGGACUUUGUGUUAGGACUGUCUGUUCUGCUUCGAGGCUCUGUUACAGAGAAACUUCGCUGGGCUUUUAAUCUUUAUGAUAUCAACAAGGACGGUUACAUUACAAAAGAGGAAAUGUUAGCGAUAAUGACCUCCAUAUACGACAUGAUGGGCAGGUAUACCUUACCCAGCGUACGAGAUGAUUCUCCCUUUGAGCAUGUGGAGAAGUUCUUCCAGAAAAUGGAUCGAAACAGGGACGGAGUCGUGACAAUAGAUGAAUUCAUAGAAACCUGCCAAAAGGAUGAAAAUAUAAUGGCUUCCAUGCAGCUCUUUGAGAACGUCAUUUAGUUUCUGAAGAGAAAAUUGGACCUUUUGAUGCUUUUGUCAAGCCUCUAAGCCUAAAUAAUGGCAAUUAUCUCCUAAAGAAGAUUUUAUGCAAUAAAACACACAGAACACACAUUCAUAAAAACUUGGUUACACAAUUAUAUUAUCUGUAAAAUUUGAAUAUGCAAAGAAAUGUGUUGCAUCCAACAAAUCUUAUUAAAAGUUGUUUUUGUGCAUGAUAAGGUUUUUUUUUUUAUGUGAAAAGCAUCCUCAUUGCAAGAUGUGCAUGAAUGUUUCCCUCUGGAAUUAAAAAGCAUGUGAUGAAAAAACUAUUUGUAUGCAAACAAAGGGUUUGUUGUUUUUUCUAUGUUCUUGGUAAUGUAAGUGCGUCAGAAUACUUUAUUUCUAAAUAAUACUGUGGUGAUUAAACUUU